AUGAUUUAGGUUUACAUUUUAAAUUUAAAUAAAAUCAGCUCCUUAAAAUAUAUUUAAGAUUUUUAUUCUAUCACAUUUAUAUAUAUAUCCUCUUAGUAUUCUCUUUUAGUUAUAACGAAUAUUUUAUAUACAAUGUGAAAAUUAAACAAAAUCAGUGAUANUAAUAGAUGUGGCACACCAGGAUUUGUUGCUCCAGAAGUUAUAAAUUGUAAAGAUGGAGGAAGAUAUGAUCCUAUUUGUGAUGUUUUUAGUUUAGGAUUGAUUUUCUAUAUAUUGUAAGAUGAUUUUAAUUCAAAUUUAGACUUACAGGAAAACCAGCUUUCCCUGGUAAAAGUUAUAAUGAUGUUUUGGGAAAAAACAGAAAAUGUGAAAUUUAAUUUGAUGCUUAACUUUUUGAAAGUGUUCCUUAAUAAGCUUAUGAUUUACUUAAAAAAAUGCUUGAUAAAAAUCCUAAUACAAGAAUAUCUGCAUAAUCAGCUCUUAAUCAUGGUUAUUUUGGUAGAAGAUUAAAAUAAAUAGACGAAAAUGAAGAUAUUGCAUUGAAAAAUUAAGAAGAAUAAUUAAAGUUUGAUAAAUAAAGAUUAAAAUAAUUAAGUAAUUCUCCACUUCAUUCACCUCUAAUAACUGCAUCUUCUAAAUUAAGAAAAGAUUUUUCAAAUGAUAGUUUCUAAUAAUAAAGUCCUCUAUUAAAUGGAAGAACUGAUUAAAUAGGUUUUUAAUAAUAUUUAUAUUAGAUUCACCAUUAAAUAAUGGAUUCAAUAGUCCAUCUGCUUAAGGUAGAUAAUUAAAUAGAAAUGAAUAAUAAUAAUAAUAGAAACCUUCAAGAUUUAGUAAUAAUGAUGGUUAUAAUUAAUCAAAUGAACCCAAUUCCAAAGGUAGCUCUUCAUAAGUUAAUUCCAAGAAUUUUAGUUUAAAUUAAAAUCCUUUGCAUAAAUAUGCAAUAAGAAAUGAAAUGAUUAAAUAGUAAAACUAGUAAGAAUAAAAAUAAUGA